GAGGUGGCAAUAAAAGGGAUGAGGAGGGAGCUCUGAACUACAUCGACCUGCAGAAGGAGGCUGCUGUGAGGAGAGGGAGCUGUCAGCAUGGGACCCACGGUGCUGCUGAUUGUUGGCCUGGCCUGGACCGUGCUGGAGGCUGCAGCUGCUGGUGAUGACUGGAGCUGUUCAAAACCUGCGGACAUCGAAAAUGGCUACGUGGAGCACCUGAUCAGGCUCCGCUGUAACCCGUACUACAAGCUACGCAGCUCUGGUGAUGGCACCUACAAGUGUGUCGAGAAGAACAAGUGGGUGAACGAAGGAGGUUACAGGGAGGAACCUGUCUGCGAGCCAGUGUGUGGGAAGCCAAAGAACCCUCCUGAGCAGAUGCAGCGCAUCGUCGGGGGCCUGCUGGCCAGGAAGGGCAACUUCCCCUGGCAGGGCCGGCUGGUGACCCGCCACAACCUCAUCGCGGGGGCCACGCUUAUUAGUGACCAGUGGCUGCUGACCACGGGCAGGAACGUCUACCUGAACCACAGAGAGGAUGCCACACCGGAGGAGAUCGCUCCUACUCUGAAGCUCUUCUUGGGCAACAAGAACCAAGCAGCCUUGGACAUUGAGUGUGUGGUGCUCCAUCCUGCCUACCCUGACUCUGUGGAUCUGGCCCUGCUGAAGCUCAAGGAGAAGGUGCCCAUAGGAGAGGAGGUGAUGCCCAUCUGCCUGCCCCAGAAGAGCUACGUGCAGCCAGGGCGGGUGGGUUACGUCUCAGGAUGGGGCCGCGGUGCUUCCUUAGAGUUUUCCAGCAUGAUGAAGUAUGUGAUGCUGCCAGUGGCAGAGAGCAAGAGCUGCUGGCAGUACUAUGAGAAGCAGAAUGAGUCCCCUGGGGUGCAGCCCAUCCUCAGCAAUGACACUUUCUGUGUGGGCAUGAGCGAGCUGCGGGAGGACACGUGCUACGGGGAUGCUGGCGGCGCCUUUGCCGUGCAGGACCCCGAGGAUGACACCUGGUACGCAGCCGGGAUCCUCAGCUACGACAAGACCUGCACAGCCUCCAAGUAUGGCGUGUAUGUGGAUGUGCAGCGUGUGCUGGACUGGAUCAAGGAGACAGUGGCAGAUGACUGAGAUGGGGCUGCAGGGGAAUAAAACUACUCCACGUA